AUGGCUCUAGACGCCUCGUUCGUGCUCGACUGCUUGCAGCUCUACUUCAAACGGGCGAAUCAGUCUUCUUCGAAUGUGUCAUCCCAGGUGAAGCGAGUGGGCCGAGUUUUAGAUCCAUCUCGCAGAUCUGCGACCCACAAUGCAAUUAUGAGAGAUCUGAUGAUGCUCAAGAAUAAGCUACCUUUGUUCCUCUUGCAGAAGCUUCUGGAAGUGCAGUUGGGUUCUGAAGAUAAGGCAGAAGAAACCACGGACGACACCAUUUCUAAGAAAAAUGAUGACGGGAAUAUCUCGUUGCCAGAUUCAAGCUAUUUAAUGCGUGCUCUGAAAGCUUUAUGGAAGGUUCUCUCCUCGUUCAAAAUCAGUCUUAUUCACCUUGUCUCGGCGCUCUGUGAGCGUGUCUUCAAGGGGAAGGCUGCCAAGUUGGUGACACAGUUGUCCAAGCAUCUUGUUUCCGCUUUGGAAACUCUUUCAAUUAAGCGCAGAGAUGAAUCAGAUGAGGAAAAAGAUGAGGAGAUGGGUUAUUCCUCUACGGAAACUCAUCCCACACGCGACGAACUGGCGAUUCCUUCCGUCUCCAGUCUAUACUCAGCAAAAGUGAAAUUCCUUCCAACCGAGGGAGACCUUACCAGAAUCUGCUUCGACCCGGCCACUGCAACUCUUUAUCUUCCCAAAUUGAGGUUGGAUUCCAACACAGAAGUAGUCCUCAGAAAUCUGGUGGCAUUCGUAGCUUCGGCGGCUCAUGGUGCUUUGAUCUUCACUCGCUACACUGGUUUCAGGAAAGGCAUCAUCGACACAGUCGAAGAUGUUAGGAUGCUUAGAAAGAACGGGAUUAUCUAA